GUGUUGUCUUGUGUGCUCUCCUGUGCCAGAGUGAAUUUUAUCCCCGGACUGCCUGGUGACAGAACAUCGCAAUUAUACCAGUUUGGGAGCAAAAUAUGGAAUGUGUUUCACUGCUGACCGAAGGCAGCCAAAUGAACAGUAUUUAUAGUAGUUUGAAAAUCAGCAGUUAGCAGUUUCUUCACAUUCUAACACUACCCAGCACUUUCCAGAGAGAACUCAUUGUUUACAAGAAAUCUGCUUUCCAAAUCCGUUGCGGUGCCCUCCAGCCUUGACUAUUAACUAUUUGCAAAGGGGAAGCUAACCUACGGUUUGGGGGAAGAUGGCAAUGGAUGAGUACCUGUGGAUGGUCAUUGUGGGUUUUAUCAUUGCUUUUAUUUUAGCUUUUUCGGUUGGUGCAAACGAUGUUGCAAAUUCUUUUGGAACAGCCGUGGGCUCUGGUGUCGUUACUUUACGCCAGGCUUGCAUUUUGGCUUCGGUUUUUGAAACAACUGGCUCAGUAUUACUGGGAGCAAAAGUAGGAGAAACAAUUCGGAAAGGUAUCAUAGAUGUGAACCUGUACAACAACACUGUCCCGCUGCUGAUGGCAGGAGAAGUGAGUGCAAUGGUUGGUUCUGCUGUUUGGCAGCUGAUUGCAUCAUUCUUGAAGCUCCCGAUAUCGGGGACCCAUUGCAUCGUAGGUGCUACGAUUGGAUUUUCUCUAGUGGCAAUUGGCACCCAGGGAGUCCAGUGGAUGCAGCUGGUCAAAAUUGUUGCGUCUUGGUUUAUUUCCCCACUGUUAUCUGGAUUGAUGUCUGGAGUCCUCUUUGUGCUGAUUAGAUUCUUCAUUUUGAACAAG